GUUCACACUGAUUAGAUGUUUCAGUGCAAGUGUUUAUCUUAUUUGAAUACUUUUAAUUUUCUUAUUAUUAAUUUUUAUGUAACAAUUUUUCACAUCAGGGAUCUUUCUUCUAUUUAUUUCUUUCAACAGCUGGAUCGUUACGAUGGCCUGGGCCCUGCUGUGUCACCCAACGCCCUCCCCUAUGGUGCAGACGGGUAUGAUGUAGUUGACAGUACCCCAGACCCCCAGCGAACUAAGCAGGCCAUCGCCCAACUACAACAGAAGAUCCUCAAGCUAACAGAACAAAUCAAGAUUGAACAAACUGCGCGCGACGACAACGUGGCCGAAUACCUGAAACUUGCUAAUAAUGCAGACAAACAGCAGAGUGCACGCAUCAAACAGGUGUUUGAGAAGAAGAACCAAAAGUCAGCUCAGACUAUCCAGCAACUGCAGAGGAAGCUGGAGCACUAUCACCGGAAGCUCCGUGAGGUGGAGCACAAUGGCAUCCCUCGCCAGCCCAAAGAUGUUUUUCGAGACAUGCACCAGGGGCUGAAAGAUGUUGGAGCCAAGGUGACAGGUGGCCUCUCCAGCUUCUCUCAAGCCACUCAUUCUGCAGCUGGAGCUGUGGUGUCCAAGCCGAGAGAAAUCGCCUCCCUCAUUCGCAACAAGUUUGGCAGCGCUGAUAACAUUGCAGCCUUGAAAGACUCUUUGGAUGAAACCCAGGGGGAUGAGGGUGUCGGUCCUGGGGCAACGAGGGCCAUUGGGACAGGACAGUUGCAGUCCAGCCCAAAGUAUGGCAGUGACGAUGACUGUUCUAGUGCUACGUCUGGCUCUGCUGGAGCCAACAGCACGACCGGAGCCCCCGGAGGUCCCCCUAGCUCCAAGGGCAAUACCCUUGAUCAUGCCCAGGCCUCAGGCUUUGAUGCUAUACUCCACGAGAUCCAGGAGCUCCGGGAAAACCAGGGUCGACUUGAGGAGUCUUUUGAAAACUUAAAAGCCCACUAUCAGCGAGAGAACACAAUGAUUAUGGAGGCCCUGCAAGAAGAACGAUACAGGUGUGAACGUUUAGAAGAACAACUCAACGACUUAACAGAAUUGCACCAGAAUGAAAUUUUGAACUUGAAACAGGAACUAGCCAGCAUGGAGGAGAAGAUUGCUUACCAGUCUUAUGAAAGAGCGAGGGACAUUCAGGAGGCGCUAGAGGCAUGUCAGACCCGUAUCUCCAAGAUGGAGCUGCAGCAGCAGCAACAGCAGGUGGUGCAGCUGGAGGGUUUGGAGAACGCCACAGCGCGGACUCUUCUCGGAAAACUAAUCAAUGUGCUGCUAGCUGUCAUGGCAGUGGUUUUGGUGUUUGUGUCCACAGUGGCGAACUGUGUCGUCCCAUUAAUGAAAACGCGCAGUCGCACGCUUUCUACGCUGCUCCUCGUUAUCCUCCUCGCCUUCCUCUGGAGGCACUGGGAUGCUAUUUCAGAGUAUCUGCAUCACUUUCUUCUGCACCCCAGAUGACCGGUUCAGAGAGGCCUAUUUAAAUAAUGAAAGGACAGAGGGUUUGGGGCUGAUGUGUUAAUGGAGGACACUGACCCAUACAGGGAGUUGAAUCUCAAUAGUCCUACCUUUUCUUCUUCUGCAGAUUCUCAAAACACUCAGGAGGAUUGCAUCAGAGGUUUGUCACUUUAUCACUUUCUGAGAUGUGUUUUGAGAAGAAUAAAACAGAAUAAGGUGAGAAACGGUUGGACGUUUGUUAUUGACUUUCUAUCUUUGGUGCAGUGGUGGCACAAGCACAUACUGGAAGGGUGAAUGGGGCAUAGUUGAAGGAAAGAGGCUGAGAGAACUGCACAGUUGAUUUUCUCUCUUCUGAGUGAAUUUGUUUACAUGUGGAAAACUUUGCAUUGUUUCCUCACAGAAGAAAUUGUAAUUCAGAGUUUUAUUACUUUUGAGCUGACUCCAAGUGGUAUUGUUUUGAAGUCACUGCUAUUUUUAAUACAGCUGAUUGAUGGCAUUUUAACUUUCUUUCAACUGUAAGGAGCUGACAGUGUUCUGCUAAUUUAGUUGUCCACAUUCUCUUUUUGUAAGUUCUCUCUCUUCUGGUCUUUCCAUUCUGUUGUUUUCAGUCUGCCCUUUCUUUCUCCUUUACUCAGUCUUUUCAAAUUUCAGCUUGUGUGACCAACUCUUCCUCUUCUUGCUUACUACACUCU